AUGGGGUCAAAUUGGCCCGUGGAAACAUGUUUAGAAAUUCUAUUUCCUCUUGCUACUGGAGCAUCUGUGCCUUACUACUUCCAUCAUACUCCAGUUACUCGGCGCGAUCUUUCAGUUGAACAAGUCCAGAAAGAACUUGGAAGCGUCUUGUCCAACAGUACUCUCAUCUUUGGUCCCUCAAGCUCCCAGUAUCCAAAUGCUACCGAUAGGUAUAGUACCUAUGCGGUGCCGGACAUUCAGAUUAUUGUGAGGCCAGGAAAGGAGUCCGACGUCUCUUCUAUUGUUCAGUAUGCCAACCAGAACAGUAUCGACUUCUUGGCAGUCAACAGAGGACAUGAUCUUAACGCUUGGGCUGGAACCCUUUCGGGCAUGCAGAUAGAUAUGACGGCACUCACAAACGUAACGAUUCAACCUGAUGGACAGACUGCUUUGCUCCAAGGUGGAACAUACGACGGAGAAGUGACAAAAUACCUUUAUGACAACGGCUACGUUGCAACGACUGGCGCUUGCGACUGUGUAGGUUUGUUGGGCGCUGGUCUAGGUGGAGGCCAUGGGCGUUGGGAAGGCUUCUACGGUCUGGUCUCCGACAACUUUGUGUCGUUCAACCUUGUCCUAGCCAACGGCACAGAAAUCAAGGUCAACAACGAGAGCCACAACGACUUGUUCUGGGCCAUGAAAGGCGCAGGCCACAACUUGGGUAUUGUCACCAGUUUCGAACUCAAAAUUCACCCGAAUCCAGUGGAAUCAUGGUAUUAUAAGUUUUACCGCUUUUCAGGAGAUAAGCUUGAGAUUGUAUUUAAGGAGCUAAACAAACUACACAAUAACGGCACUAUCCCCGUAGAGAUGGCCAGUAAUUACGGCGGCUUCUGGUGGGACACGACUGUCAGUGACACAGAGGCCAGCAUUUAUUGGGUAUUCGCCUAUGCCGGGCCUGCCGCAGAUGCGGAGGAGCUCCUGCAGCCGUUCAAUGAUAUUGGUUUCGCAUCGGCAGAGAACGGUACUCUUCCGUAUCCCAACAUCUCCGAUGUGAGCGGGACGGGCUUGGAUGGUCCGCUAUGCGCGCACAAUCAAUCCCACAUAGUGGCUACUGCAGGACUGCAGGUAUAUAAUAUCACAGCAGAGCGUCAGAUCCUCGACCUGUUCAACGCGAAGGUGGCACAAUAUCCAGGCCUCAAAGGAGGUCAUGUUGUUCACGAAGGUUAUUCAAUCAAGGCUGUCCGAGACGUUGACCCAGCCUCGACUGCUUUCCCGCUCCGUGAUGACUACCUACUGAUGUUUUUUGACACGACGAUCGCAGAGGGAUCGAAUUUGACAGAACCAACAAAGAAAUGGGCUGCAGAAGUUCGCGACCUCUGGAAUGCCGGUCAGCCGGGCCGAAAACCUUCAACAUACGUCAAUUAUGGCCUCGGCGACGAGUCGCUCGAGUCCACAUACGGUUACGAGGCUUGGCGACUGGAGAAACUCCGAUCGCUUAAAUCACAGUAUGACCCUGACAACCGUUUCCGAUUCUACAUGCCUAUAGUCCCCAAUGGCAUGUCUCCAAGGGUUUGA